CAACCUUUCUACCCAAAACGCAGUUCAUUUCAACUCCUUCUUUCAAAUACAUCCUUCCUCAGGGAAGUGGGUUUUGGAAUGGAAAUGUAUUUGACUUUCUAAAACACCCCGUCCGUGAAAAAUUCGACAUUGUGGAAAUCGAUCCUCCAUGGCCAAACAAAAGUGUUCGUCGUGCAAGAAUCUAUAGCACCGAAGAAAGUGAUGUGGACCCAAACCAGCGCUUGGAUAGAGAUUUAUUUGAGGCUUUCCCGACGGAUGCACUCUGUAAUGACAACUGCAUUUUUCUUGUGUGGAUCACCAAUGACCCGCGUUGCAUUACAUCCGUGAUGUGAAUCCAUUUGAAGCGGUCUUAUGCUCAGGAGAUUUUUUGCGAUGAAGAAUAUCGCGCAUUUGACAACGGCCUUCUGGGUGAAAACCACAGGAGACAAUCGGCCCCUCGUCCCGCUGUCGUGCCCGACUCGCGAAACAUUUGAGAGAGUUGUUGUGGGGAAGUGGGAAGGUUCGGUGAAGAAUUCUCCAAAGCGGGUGCGACGAUCGGUUGAUCCAUUGGCAGAUGAAUGUGCACACAAAGUUUACCAAUUAUCCGGGAAAAGAAGAGGGGAGGCAGCGCCCAUAUGUUCCCAUGAGUGUACCCUACUUCCGAAAGUCCCGUUUUUAUUUUCCACGGUAUCGUUUCAUUCUCGAAAGCCUGACUGCACCGAGUUUUCGUUUGUCAACCUAAGCGCAGAAUCAAAGGGACUAGAGUUGUUUUCUCGCAGACUUCGAAAGGGGUGGUAUUCGGUGGGCAACCAGACAUUGGUGUUUCAAAAUAACCAUGUACUCGUUGAGCUAAAGAUGCAGAAGUAAUUUUAUUAGUGUCUGUUUGUUGAAAUCUAUAGUCUAGGAAGAGAGAGGACAAAUGAAUGGUGCGUCCAAUCAUAUUUGACUUGAAACUCCUGCUAUUGUGUUCAUAGAAUUUGAGGUUACAGUUCUGAAGUUCUUCAGUCUGCUUAUUUAAGUCUUGCCUAUAUUUUAAUUUUAGUAGAGCAUUAUUUUAAUAUUUGGAAAUGUCUGAAGAAGCAAAGAAGAGUUCUGUAUGUUCGAGGGAUCCGAAUGUAGACUCGGGGGUGUCCGAGUUGGCUCAUGAAGGAUUCUUUGGAGCGCAGCCCCCUAUAAAUGAAAUGCGUUUUGGAGACACAUAUGGGCCUUAUGAUGGAGGAGAAAAUUUUUCUCAAGAGGCUUCAUAUUUAAGAAAAGGGAGUUAUUCGAGCUAUCAGACGCCCUACAACUCUAGACUAGUGAAUGGUAAUAUGGAGAGACGUCGCUACGACGACUAUUCUGGCUUGGAGGGUGAUUUGGGAAUGGGGGGUCGCUAUGGAGAUUCUAUGUAUUCCAAUAUUCCUCCUCGCCAUGGUAAUAGUUUUUAUGGUCAGUUUGAUCGUGGAUUUGAUUGCUAUUGCCAAGUUCAGUCCCCAACUUCCGAUCUGGAUCCCUUUUCGCCUCGGUCUCGUUAUGACCUUGCCUAUCCGGCCAAAAGCAACCGAUUCCCAUCAUCCCAGUGGGAUGAUUCUCACAGUGGCGCUUAUGACCAGCUUUCCCCUCGCUACAAAGCAGAAUCUCGUUGGCUCGAUCGUGAUUCCAACUACUCCUACUACGAUGAUCCCGACUACCAUUACAGUUGCUCCUUCCGCGACCGUGCUAUCUAUGAUCGUCGAGGCUACGCGAUGGAUUCCGAUGUUUCAAACUCCUACACCUACGGCAUGCCCCAGCUCCGCUACCCCGCGAGCAGCAGUUCAUUCGCUGGAGGUGUUCAUGCUUCGCGCGGCUAUGAUUACGCUUUCGAAGACAUGCCUUAUGCGGAUCGCUAUCGCCAUCCCUUUUCGGAUCCUUCCAGUCCUCAGCCUAUUAUCCCUCCUCCCGCUCCCGCUCCCACUUCCGCUAUUGCUGCUCCUGCUCCUGCCCCUGCUCCUGCCCCUGCUCCUGUACCUGCUUCCAUGUCCGUUCCCUCCACUGAUGCGCUCUCUCUCGGGAAGUUCAGCCGCGUGACGCAGGCACGUGCAUUCCCUCGUUACCCAGUUCACCACGCCGCUCACCACGACUCGACCACCUCCACAUCUACGAUCACUUCCACGUCCACAGUCACUUCCGUUCCGCCUUCUGCCUCCGCUCCCAUCCCUGCCUCCAUUCCUCUCAUUCCCGCUGCUUCUGUUUCUGCUUCUGUUUCUGCCUCGGCUUCUGUUUCUGCCUCAGCUUCGGCUUUGGCUUCAGCUUCAGCUUCAGCUUCGGCUUCAGCUUCAGCUUCAGCUUCAGCUUCUGCGGCCGCAAUGUCUUCGUCUGUCUCCACGUCGGCGGCUGCUUCGGGAGCCGUGGCUUCUUCUUCGAUCGUCGGUGCUGCCGGGGCAUCGGGCAAAACGGUCGGCGAUUCCUCGCCGGUGUCGCCCCGGACGCCGCACUCGGCGCAGACCCCGGGCGGACAGUCCGAGGAGGGCGGCUCGGAGAAGGGAGACGAUGGCGAUGACUCCUAUCGAAUCGACAAGCAACUGAUUAUGCAGAAUUUGGAGAACCGAACCGUGGUGCUCAUUCGGAAUAUCCCAAAUCGGUAUAAACUGGAGGAUCUGGAGCAGGUGAUCGCUGCUCAUGUACACGGUAGGGACGAAGGAGGCGGGUGA